CUAGUUCCGAUUUCGCUGCGAUUAAGACGCACUUGGAUUGGCAGUCGGGAUUCGUCGUCGUGGUUGAUGGUUCGCAAAAAAAAAUCGGCUUCCGAAGGGUGUGCAAUUUGAUUGAGUGAACCGUUUACUACUAAACGUUUUUUGAAAAAUACCAGUCAUCAAAAGUGAUUAACUGCUGACAGAGUUUGGCGGAUAUUCGGGAGAUCUGCACCCGUGUUGGAUUAGAAGCCGAAUCGAAUAAGUGGUGUAAAAAUUAUGAUCUAACGCGGUGAGAACGUUGAUCACGAGUCUUGAAAAGCAGAGUUUCUAAGCACGACGGUGGUAGCAGGAUGUGGAAAUUGGCAGCAUGUUUGCUCCUCGGAGCGUCAACGCUUUUGGCAACGAUCCCAACGAUCACAGCCGCCAUUAGCCAACAACAGGGAGGUGCAUCGAUGCGAAGAGCCAAAUGUCUAAAUCGAGAUCGUAUACAGGUUUACGAUGGUCACGACAAAGCGUUACACCAACAGCUAACGGCACUGCGUAACGAGAUGCGCACCAGGGCAUCGACCCAGAGCACUGAGCUGGAUGCGUAUCUUGUGACGUCUUACGAUGAACACAUGUCCGACCAAUUGAUGGAAUCGGACGAGCGAUUGAAGUUCUUAACCGGGUUUUCCGGAUCUACGGGUGAAGCCGUUAUAACCCUCAAAUCAGCAGCCCUAUGGGUGGACGCAAGAUUCUACGAACAGGCUGAUCACGAGCUCAAUUGUGAUUGGAGGAUCUUCCGCCGCGGAGAACAUCCCACGAUCUCCGAGUGGAUUUCGAGUGAACUUGCUCCAGAAUCGCGGGUAGGCGCCGAUCCUCAGCUGGUUCCACAUUCCCUAUGGGUUAAUCUGGAACGUCAGCUCAACUCCGAAUUCAUCAAAUUGAUUAAGAUUCAUCGCAACUUGGUUGACCUGGUAUGGGGAUCGCGGCGGCCUGCACCCAAAUCUAACUCCAUCAAGGUUCAACCGGUACGAUUUGCCGGAGAACACUGGGAAAGCAAAGUAAACAAACUUCGGUCCAAUUUAACUGCCAUGAGAUGUGAAGCCGUAAUCGUUACGUCCCUUACUGAAGUCGCCUAUAUUCUGAAUCUACGGGGUAGCGAUAUUCCGUACACUCCGGUUUUCAAAGCGUACCUCUUGGUCAGCAAUCGGGAGAUCAUUCUGUACACCAACAAAACUCACAAAAAUAUGGGUCUAAUGAAUCAUCUCAAGUCUCACAGUUGCCAUAACGAAUACUGCGUUCAAAUCAAAGAAUACCAAGAUGUGCUGCGAGACUUGAGGACCUUGUCCCAACACUGGAAGCGCAUUCUCGUUCCAUCGGCAGUGGUCUUCGAUAUGGGAGCUUCAGAAGCAAUCCACUCAGUUGUCCCUCGAGAACUGAUCUUGGACAGACCUUCACCGAUCAUCUUUCUACGAGCACAGAAAAACGAGAUCGAAAAACAGGGCAUGAAGAAGGCUCACAUCCGUGACGGAGUCGCCAUGUGCGAAGUCUUGAGCUAUCUAGAAGAGCGGUUCAUAGCCGGCGAUCACUUCACGGAGCUGUCCCUUGCGCGGGAGGUGGACCGUCGGCGCAAGAUUCAGGAUCUUUCGGAAGGUCCUUCCUUCAGGACUAUUGUCGCUUUUGGAUCUCACAGUGCCAGCCCGCAUUACACGCCCACCAAUCGAACGGACUUUGAAAUCACCGAGUAUGGGACGCUGCUGAUUGAUUCCGGUGGCCAGUACCAUGAUGGAACCACCGAUGUCAGCCGGACGAUUCACCUCGGGGAACCAUCGCCGGAGCAGGUCCGGGCUUAUACGAAUGUUCUCAUCGGUAUGAUACGACUAUCGGUACUGACGUUCCCGGAAAAUCUCAAACCAGCCGAACUUGAUGCCUUGGCGAGGGGACCAGUGUGGGGAGAUAUGAAUGACUAUCCUCAUGGAACCGGACACGGCAUUGGAUCAUAUCUUUCCGUACAUGAAUCUCCAAUCAGCGUGGCUUACACGACAAAACAACGCUACAGUUUCAAGGACGGAUACUUCUUUUCGAACGAACCAGGCUACUACAAGAGAGGAGAGUUCGGAAUACGGCUAGAGAACGUCUUGGAAGUGCAAGACACCGGAAACGUUCAUCCCUCGGGCAACAAAUUCCUCUCAUUCCAGGACAUCACUUUGGUACCUUUUGAACCCAAAAUGAUCGAUCGUUCACUGCUGAGUGCACCGGAGAUCAAAUGGAUCAACGAGUACAACGCCCGCAUCCGGCAGCUGGUGGGUGAUGAACUCAAGCGCAAACAGAAGAUGGAAGCCUUCUACUGGAUGAUGAACAAAACGCGAAACAUUCCCGAUUCGGACCAUUACGGAUCUGCCGCGCCUGUUGCGUUGAACUGUCGAAUCGCCACUCUAAUACUGUCCGCCAUAGUUGCAAACUUGCUGAUGUUGGGUUGAGAAGCCGAUGUCGCUGAGUAUAACUAAGCUCGCUCUCUGUCAGUACCAUUCACAGCGUUGCUUGAGCCCUGGGCUCUGAAGCAGCUCUCCAUCCCCUCUAACGCUAUCCAUGGAUAUCUAUCUCAAUUGUCUAUUUCUAGGAUAGGUGUAGCAAAUAAGCAGCAAAUUGUUCAUUAACUUAUUAAUUAAUAUUAAAUAAUUUAUGAAUCGAUGUUAGUUACCGGAGCGCAAGCAAGUGAUAUUUUACAAAAACACUGGAACUUAUUGGAGAUUAAACGAACACUAGU